UGUGGUGUGGCAAAGAUGAGAUUACUUACUUCGAUUGUUGGAUUUCUACUGUUUUUGGUGGUGGUCAGCGCUUCAAGCGGGGAGAAUCAGUUCAGUGGUUGCCCAUUUCACCAGUUGGACACUUUUGAUUUGGUUUCUAGUAAAACACGAAGCGAACAUGCCGGACGAUCGAAAAGAAGUAGCCCGGCUGGCAAUGAUGGCAACGUGGACGAUAUGCUGAAAGACCUAUUGCCCAAGUAUACUAGAAAUGCAGGACCCAGCAGCUGGCUAAAUAUCGGGCCAAUUGAUAAGCAGCCCGUGGAGCCAAUCAAGUGCGGAAUACCGCCCUCAAACUGUCUAAAUAAUACGCAGAAUUUGCACUACAGGAGCAUUGAUGGUGCCUGCAACAAUUUGCUGUACCCAGACUUUGGCAUCGCCAACUCCAGGUACAAUCGUCUGCUGCAUCCAAGCUAUGAUCGGCGCCAAACUGUGCCCAACGCACGACUCAUCUCGCUGUCGCUGUACGGCGAGAAGACCGUCAUGGAUCAGUUUCGCACCGUUGCCUCCAUGCAGUGGGGUCAGUUUGUCGCUCACGACCUGAGCCUGCUGACCACAAAGGGAGCACCCAAGGAUUGUUGUGCCGAGUCACAGCAUCCGCUGUGCCAGCCAAUCACAUUGGCAGCUGGUGGACCCAUCGCCUAUAAUACGGGCAACACAUGUUUGAGCUUUGCUCGCAGCAUAUCCGAUGCGGAGGCGGUUUGCCCCAAGAGUGGCCUGUCCCACAGCGAGAAGCUAUCUGUGGUGACAGCCUAUCUGGAUCUCUCGUCCCUCUACGGCAAUUCAGUCAAGCAGAGUCAGCAAGUGCGUCUCUUCAAGGGAGGCCAACUACGUACCAAUCACGCCAAUGGGCAACAAUGGUUGCCCGUGGUACAGAAUCAUUUCGGUGAAUGUGGCACCAACAACGAGUGCUAUUCAAUGCCGGACAAACGGAAUCGUUUCACGCCAACUAUCGCCGUAAUUCAAACGGUUUUGCUGCGUGAGCACAAUCGUCUGGCAGAGCAGCUGUCCCAUCUUAAUCCCCAUUACAACGAUGAGCGUUUGUAUCAGGAGGCACGCAAGAUUAACAUUGCUCAGUACCAGAAGAUCACCUACUAUGAGUAUCUGGUCGCAGUUCUGGGCGCCACAUAUACCCAUCUCAAUGGCAUUACCCACCCAUAUACGGAAGGUUCCAGCGAGUAUGUGAAUGACUACGAUGAGAGCGUCAAUCCCAAUCCGUAUGCGGAGUUUUCAGCUGCUGCCUUCCGCUAUUCGCACACUCAGAUUCCCGGCUGGUUUUCCAUGGUGUCGCCAAAUCGGUACUCAAAUCAGACGCUUCGUCUGAGCGACUAUUUUGAGCGCAGUGAAACGAUUCGUCUGCUGUCUUCCAACUUUAAUCUGGCUGAUCUUGUGCGAGGCAUGGCCACCCAACUGCAGAAGCGCGCUGACGGCAAUAUAGAUCCAGAGAUUAAGCACUUCUUCAAUAGGAAAGAAUUCCAGGAGUAUGGCUCCGACCUCAAGUCUCUGGAUAUUCAGCGUGCCCGCGAUUUCGGAAUGCCCUCAUACAAUGAUGUCCGUGAAUUCUGCGGCUUGAGCCGUGCCGCCGACUGGUCGGAAUUCACUAAUGAAAUACCAAAUGAGAAAAUACACCUGUUGCGGAAGCUAUAUGUCAAUCCGGAUGAUGUCGAGCUGACCGUCGGCGGCACUCUCGAGGUCCAUGUGCCUGACUCUUUGUUUGGACCCACGUUUUUGUGCGUUGUUGGCAAACAGUUCCUCAACUCGCGUCGAGGCGAUCGCUUCUUUUUCGAGCGGGAGAAUCAUCUAAGUGGUCUGUCACGCAGUCAACUGGCGGAGAUACGCAAGAUUAGUUUGGCCUCGCUGCUCUGCAGCAACGUGCAAGGUUUGCAUUACAUCCAGCCAAAUGUGUUAAUUUUCCCCAAUACUCGUAAUGUUUUGGUGAACUGCAAUGACAUUCCUCAACUAGACCUUACCAAAUGGCAAGACUUAAGUCCCCAGCUGGCUAACUAAUUUCCAGGAAAUCACAAGCACAAAACAACCCAAAUUUUGUGAAGAAAAACGCAGAGAAAAACUCAAUACUUAAAGUAAAUAAUGAACAAGAUCAAAGAGAUUUAUUUUGCCAACCCAAAGAUUACAGAUUCUUGCAUGUAUAUAAAUUUUAAUUAAUGUCUAAAGUUGACAGUUUCUUAAUUUUGAAAAUAGUUAUGAAGUUAGAUGCAUCCCUAACUGAUCAGUUUGAUCUUAAUAAUAAAAAAACAAUAAUAAUAAUAAAUAAGUUUUGGUACAA